GCUGUGCAACAGUUCACUUUUCUCCGUUUCCUAUCCCCGUGAUCCUCUGUGAUCAAGAAUCUUAACGGAUUUUCACAAGCUACGCUUUCUUUUUAUUGCGAUACUUCGCGUGGAAGACUUGCAUUGUUUUUGUUUUCAAGUGGUGGGAACUUUCUAUAAAUUUGAAACAGAUUGGAACACAAAGAUCAUGGAGUGCGGACUUCAUAAUAGGGAAGGAAGAGCAGCGAAGUUAACUCGAGGAAUCAGGAAAUGAAAACAAGCGCAAAUACACUAUGGAUACUGGCUAACUUGAAUACAAUAUAGUAAUGCUUUGGCCUUUGAACCAUUAUUCAAUUAAAUUAGAUUGGUUGUUCAACUUUAUGAGAAAUCAUCGUCAUUGGGAGAAAGCAGACAAUCAAACUACUAUACUAAACAUAAGAGGGAGGAAAGAAGGGCAGUGAGCUUAGGAUCACAAGCAAGCGCAUUCGCCAGCCCCCGACCAGGAACGGACUUUAUCGAACAGACCCAUGACUUGAAUUCACCAGCUAACUUGGAGAUCCUGAAGCUAGACAACGUGGAGAGCUAUUUCAGCAGCAUAUUUCCCGAACCAGAGGCGAAACCCCUGACCUCUUCUGAAUGGAACUCUGCCUAUUCUCAAGGCCGGCCCUUUAUGCCUCUUCCUGCCGCUGCUGGGAGGGUUUCUAACACGAGCAUUCCGACUGUAAGAGCGUGCAGUGACCCAGCUUGGAUUACCCCCUUCAGUGCCGCCCCUAUGACAGCAAGUCCGGACCCGUGGACGCUGUCCCCGAGCAGUUCUAAACAAGGAUACUCACUGUCUCCACCCACCACCAACAGUCAGACCAAGGAGGACGUUACAAUGGACAGAUCUGUAUCCAGCACCACCUUCAUUGGGGAGGAUGUCAAGGAUAGCAGGUACGAAGUGAUCACGACUCCCUACUACCCCUACAGUGUUACCUCGACCUCAGUAGCCGCCUCGUACCCUCCCUUCUCUCCCUACACCUGCCCCUCAAAGUCCAGCUUCUACCAAGACCGCUCGAAAGAGUGUUAUCAGUGCAGCGCCAGUGCGUACACCACCACCCUUUACAAAACCAGCGGAGGGAGGAGCCUGUGUGAGAACUGUUCCCAGUAUGCUGUCCAGAGUCCGGCUACUAGAACCAGCAAGAAUACCAAGAGGAGAAUGGCGGGCAGCAACAAGCGACAAGGCACGUCAUGUAACAAUUGUGGAACUCAGAAAACAACACUCUGGAGGAGGGACGCUACCGGACAAGCUGUCUGCAACGCCUGCGGAUUGUACUACAAACUUCAUCAGCAAAACCGACCACCCAACAUGAAGAAAGACACCAUCCAGAGCCGGAACAGGAAACCUGGCAGGAAGAACACAAAGAAGAAGGUUGAGUUGGAUCAGAUGACGGGAGCUGGAGUACCAGGGGCUCGGUAUCCAGAUCACAUGAUCUCACUUCAGCAACAGCUGCCUAGUCACAUGUUGCAUCCUGGCCAGAUAUUGCCGGGCAAGCAUGAAGACAUGAUGACCUCACUGUACUCGCCGACCCUGAUCAAGCAGGAGCAGCAGUACGCGUACAGCAUGAGUGCUCACCACAUGAUGCCUCCUCCCCCCGCUCUGUCUCCUCUGACACUCGAGAGCUCGCACUCCUUAUCCCAGCACUCGAUAUCUCCGCACUCCAUCACUCCUAACACCACCCUCAAUACGCUCUCACCCGACACUCCUUCCAAGGAUCCUGUUGAGCAGCUCGGGUUUCUGAAUCAAAGCAGAUGAUAAAUAAGUCCAUCACAGGAUAUAUUCGUCAUCACGGCCAUUAACGAACCUAAUCGAGAGGAGUUCCCAGUUAUUGUCGCUCGAAAAGAAACAUAUUUGUUGGCAUAUAAACGUUUUGAGAGGUCACCUAAAUUAGUUCGCACAUUAUUUAUACAUUACGGAAUGUUCACAUCCGGAAACCUCACAUCCAUUUAGUCAGGCCAAGGUUUGAAGUAUAGGAUUUGCAGAUUUGGACUGAUACGUUGGUCAGGUGAAACACUUCCGUUCUCGUGUUUAGCCUACCCAUCAGUAGCGACCAUCAUUCCUCGUUAUCGGAUGAAUGAUCGUGGUAGUUGGUAUUUAUGUUGUUUUGCGACACAGCAGAAUGGCUCAGAGCAUGUUUAACUUAAACAGUAGUGGUGCACAAUAUUUUGGUUCAGAUUUAUUUGUUUUUUUUCAAAGAUACGCCAGCAUAUGGUCCAGUAAUACUGGAGUGAUUUGGACUAUCAAUCUUCUAUCAUCAUUCUUAUAACAAUAGUUUGACAAUCAGCUGUGGAGAUAAAAAAGCAAAUCAGAGUUAAUAUUCGUUUCAGCGGUUUUAAAUUUCAAUCGAGUUUUUACCGUUCAAAAAUGUUAUUGACUCUGGGGCGUUUUAAAAGUUUGAUUUCGUGUGGUGUCCGUUUUGUUAUCAUUUGAAUUUACGAUGUCUUGAGAAAGGUUCUAUUAUGAUUAUAGUUACCCUAUGAGAGACCUGACCAAUCACCAAGUUACUAAUUAAAACAUUUAUUACUAUUUAACUUGAUAAGGCUAACUUAUUUAAUUUUCAUUAACUUAUGUAUGACUGAAUUUAUUCAGCAAAUUUUGCCCACUGGACACGGUUUAAUGUUCGAAUGACGAGUUUUGUUCUGCUGCUGCUUGCAAAGUAGCUCAUAUUUGAGAAAAAUUUGUGUUACUGUCGAACACAAUUUAAUGUUAUCAUUUUAAGGGUCAUCUCAAUUUCUGCUCCACAUUUUCUUCAAGUUUAGGCUUAUCACCUUUCUGUAGAUGUUCCAUAUUUAAUUCUUAGCUUCCUAUUGAAUCUUAUACGUUUGCAAUAGCCAGGAUAUGACGAAAGCUUUUGUUUUCAUAAAAAGUUUGGGAGAUUUUCUAUUGUUAAUAUUAUUGAAGCCAUUGUAUACCCUUUGUAAAACCAUGGUGUGAGUGUUUUUGAUCGUAAAAAAUGUUUUGUUAAAUUGUUUGAAAAUAAGAUUCUUCAUGUUUUUAAAUCGAAGACAAGUUUUCGAUUUUCGUGUAAUUUGAGAUGCCCAUUGUGUCUGAUAUUCAUUGGACCCUUUUCCAUUUUAAAUAUAUUUUGGGAUCCAAAACUGUUCGCAAAUUCGUUCAAACAAGGGCACUGAAAUAGAUGAUUAGAUCGGUUUAAAAUUCAAUAACCGAAAAUAAUGGAUAUUGGACAUCUUGAUUUACAUGGAAAGCUAAGGUUGCUCUUGAUUGAGUGUGUUAUCAACGUUUUGGAGUGAAAUUAUUUUAUAAACAAUGUUCAUAACUUAUAAAAGCACUGUUCAUAAACUGUGAAUGUUUGGUUAUGAUAUUUACUAUUUUGAUUGAUCCAUGUAUUGGGCGUAAUGAUACGCCACUGUGUGUUCUCAAGUGUUAAAGAUGUUUUAUAAAUUGGUGUUCAUAUGAGUUUAUAAUAAUACGAAGUAUCGUAAAAGCAAAA